GUCUAAAAUGCGCCUCUAUGGUGCAUAGAAUAAUCAUGCGCUAAGUAUAACGCUGACAGGCCGUUGAAGAGCUUCUCCGUCAAUUGACUGUUAACCAAUGAAAGAAGGGACCCAGCCACGUGGUCUCGUUCAUCUUCUCGUCAAUCCCUCGAAUUACGGAGAGAGAGAGAGAGAGACAAAGAGUGAUCCGUCAACAUUCACAUAUGGAGUUGUGAUAUGGGCGGUCUCUGGGCUUAGAAAUCCAGCGAUGAAAGGCGUCUUCUCGGCGCCCGGAGAUUACAUCUACUUCAAGUCACAAGUCCCUCUUCAUAAGAUCCCUAUAGGCACAAAGCAGUGGCGAUAUUAUGACUUUGGUCCAAAAGUUGUACCUCCACUUAUUUGUCUUCCUGGAACAGCAGGAACAGCUGACGUCUACUACAAGCAGAUUAUGUCAUUGUCCAUGAAGGGUUACCGUGUGAUCUCUGUUGACAUUCCACGGGUAUGGAAUCACCAUGAGUGGAUUCAAGCAUUUGAAAAGUUUUUGGAUGCUAUAGAUGUUCAUCAUAUACAUCUUUAUGGUACAUCCCUUGGGGGCUUCUUAGCUCAACUUUUUGCUCAGCAUCGUCCAAGGCGGGUUCGAUCUUUGGUACUCUCAAAUUCAUUUGUGGAGACACGCAGUUUCUCAACUGCAAUGCCAUGGGCUCCCAUUGUUAGUUGGACGCCUUCAUUUUUGCUGAAAAGAUACGUCCUAACAGGAAUUCGUGAUGGCCCCCAGGAGCCUUUCAUUGCAGAUUCAGUGGACUUUGUUGUUUCUCAGGUUGAGACACUCUCGAAAGACGACUUAGCCUCCAGAUUGACUUUAACAGUUGAUGCCACUUCAGUUGGAUCUCUCUUGCUUUCAGACUCGUUUAUUACAAUAAUGGAUACAAAUGACUAUUGUGCAAUUCCUCAACAACUCAAAGAUCAACUAAGUGAAAGGUAUCCUGGGGCAAGACGAGCGUACUUGAAGACUGGAGGAGACUUUCCAUUUCUUUCUCGUCCAGAUGAAGUCAACUUAUAUCUUCAGCUACAUCUAAGACGAGUUGGUGUCGAAGCUCGACCAGACUUGGUUCCGGGUGUCCCAAAGGGUGGGGGGGAUGCUGGGAGUCCUAGUGAACGUAAUGGUGGACAAGAAGAUCCAGAUGAUCCAUCCAAAGAUAACAAGGGAAAUUCAGACAGUCCACCUGCAGGAAGUCAGCUACCUCCAGCUCCCGAAAGCUCUGAAUCACAUAGUUUAGAUGAUCCGCCCCUCAGCACUGCAAAAAUUUUGCACUUGGAUCAUAAAGUCAUGACAGUACUCAUUCCUUCAGGAUUCUUGAUGAUACAAGACGUCGUCUUGCUAAUAGCAUGGGAGAUGUUAGCCUUUCAUUCCCUUCGUCUUUAUGUGGGAUCUUUGUACACUAUUUGGAACUAUAGUUGGAAAUUCAGACAAGCUGUCUAGAGUGCAACAUUUUGAGAUUGUUGUUCGUAUGAAGUUUAUACAAGCAAUUGACAAACGCGUCUAGAAGUCAUUUUCGCAAAUUUUGCAUUUCUACUUGUUUUUCUCAUCAUUUAAUGUUCUCAUGUACAUUCCAAAAGGAUCUGUUGUAAUCUUACCUUUUACGAUUUAGCUGGAUCAAUUUAUUAUUCUUUAAACAGGAUAUUCUUCA